AUGAAGCGACAGCUUGAGCUGCCCACAUGUGAACCAAGUGGCGGCACUAUACCAGGGGCCAGUUCUGAUUGUGGCGGAGGUCAUGGCAGCGCUAGUGGAGAACGACAGGCAGCUGCUGAGCUCAGACAAGAGGUUGAAGUAGAGCAAACUCUCGGUGGCCAAACUACACUGCCUGGGCUUGCAGGGCCGGCGAACCUGACUGGCCAACAAGCAAGAACAGGUGACUGA